AUGGUAAAUGCGCGCUUAGAGGCCCUAGAGGAUAGACUUCUUCCGGAGAAGCGACUGCGUCCGCCGCUGUCAGCUGACAAAAAGCGUUCGCAAGCAUCUCCUGCGGCCAAGCCAAUACCGGCACAGGCACAGGCCAUCGCGAAGCCAGGCGUAGCUGCAACUGCUCACCCGGCCCCCGCUGAGGCUAAGAAGAAGUCGAAGAAGAAAAAGAAGAAGAAGAAACAAAAGAAGAAGGGGAAGGCCGGCGCUGUCCAUCAAGCUGCCGCGCCUCGUGCGCCACGACCACUCCCAUCUGCGCCCUCCACAAUGGAGGAGCCGUGGAAUGUCGUCGCCAAAAAGGGCACGAAGAAGCAGGCUACCACCACUCAGAAAAAGAGUGGCCCGGUGAAGCUGCAUCCUCCCCGUACGGCGGCAGUUGUUUUAACUCUGCAGCCUGGCGCAGAGGAAAACGGUGCCUCCUAUGCCGGAGUACUGGCCCAGGCCAGAGCUCGAAUAAAGCUGGAUGAGCUUGGCAUAGGUGCUGUCCGGUUCCGACGAGCCGUGACGGGCGCCCGCAUCCUGGAGGUGACGGGAAGCACCAGCAAUGUGAAGGCUGACUCCCUUGCUCAAAAGCUUAGGGAGGCUCUCGAUGAGAACGUCGUCCGAGUCAAUCGGCCCAUCAGAUCUGCAGAGAUGCGGAUCUCAGGCCUGGAUGACUCAGUCACCACUGAGGACUUGGUGGCAGCGGUGGCUCGAGCUGGCCAAUGCGCUGCAGACCAGGUGAAGCCCGGCGAAAUUCGCCGUGACAAAACCGGUCUUGACUCAGUAUGGCUGCGGUGCCCUGUGGAUGCCGCAAAGAAGGUAUCAGAGGGUGGUCGGUUACUGGUCGGCUGGGUGGCGGCCCAAGUGAAGCUGCUAGAGACCCGGCCGAUGCGGUGCUACCGCUGUCUCGAGACGGGGCACGUCAGAGUGACGUGCGAUGCUGAGGUGGACCGCAGCAAUCUGUGCUAUCGCUGUGGACAGGCCGGUCACAUCAGCCAAAAGUGUACAGCUGCGCCCCACUGUAACAUAUGCGAGGCUGCAGGCAAAUCCGCGAACCAUCGGAUGGGUUCUUGUAUCGCCCCAUCCAAGCGCAGGAACAGAGGAAGGAAGGUCGGCGAUGGCUCCAGGGCCUCCUCGCUGCCUGCCCGCCCGUCAGCGAGCGCUGAAACUCGGGCCGAGGUGGAACCGACCAUGGCCGUUGAUUAA